AUGCCUAUCACUCAAAUUAUAUCUGCUUCUGACGGCGAAGCGGGUUCAAAGCCAACCAUCUCGCUCGUACUUGAUAACUUAUCUAAACUGGAAAAAUUAUCUCCCAGGCAUCACCGUCUUUCAAAGUCGCUUUCAAAGAUCAAGCGUUGGAGGAACAGGUCGAAUAGUGGUUCAUCGAUGGAUUCCAGUGAGGAACAAGAUAAGCUCGGUGAGGCUUAUAACGAUAACGAUAAUGCAGACGAUUUGGCCAAAUCGAAGUAUAUGAUGAAAAGCAUUGCAGGCCUAUUGACGACUGCGAGUGUGUAUGCGGGCAUGAAUACUGCUCAAGAGGUGAGCGCUUUGGCGCAGGAUGACUUUCAAGAAUUAGGGUCCAGUGGAUUGAGUCAGGCAAAUUUAGGUAAAAAUGAAGUAAAAAGCAAAAAGGAAAACAGUAAAAGAAAAUCCGGACCAGACGUGCCAAGAGUAGACAAGAGAAACCCCACACUAUUUGAUUUUUCAGUAACUAGGGGAAAAAUAUCGAAGGACAGUAUUUCCAAACUAAGACAACGUUUUCACUUAGACGAACAAGAACCGUUUUUAAAUGAUUUCCCUGCAUGGCUACUUAAGGAUGUGCUUGUUCAAGGUCAUAUUUUCAUUACGAUGAAACAUUUCCUAUUCUUUGCAUAUUUACCCAAGAACCCCCGCUCUGUUAAAAUGUCUGGGAACUUGAACAUUAGAACAAAACUGAUCAGAUCAACUAGAUACUGGUGUGUGUUGAAAAAUCAUUUGUUUUCAAUGUAUACCUCAUCGACGGAACUAUACUUCCCCGUUUUAACUAUAGAUUUAAGGGAAACCCAAAAAAUUGAAAUAGAAAAACACUCCUUAAACGGGAAUACGACAAAAACCUUCAAGCUAUCAACCAACGAAAGCACAUUCAAAUUCAAUGCAGACUCAGAAUUCUCUGCUAAAUCUUGGGUGAAUGCUUUGAAAAAAGAGCAAUUUGCAGCUCAGAAUUCAGAAGACAAUUCGAUAAGUUUAAAAAUUCCACUACCCAAUAUUAUAGAAAUAGAUGAUCAGCCUAUUGUCAAUAAAGCUUUGACAUUGAGAUUGAGAGCAUUGGAAAGCUCACAGACUUACGCUAUUGAUGACUUCAUGUUUGUUUUUAUGGAUGGGUCUGGCAGUCAGGUCGAGGACAGUCUUUGCCAACAGUUAGCUCUAUUGCAGAAGUCUGGUGUAAGUACACUUUAUAAUGACACUUCGGCCAAAAAUGUAAAAUCAGGUAAUCAGAAAGGGGAUUUAAUGACAACUGAGCAAGAAAAUGAUGAUAACAAGAAUUCAAAAUAUCUCAAUCUCCUAAGUUCAACCGUGCCCUCUUCUGAAAAUGGUAAAAAGAGCAAGUCUAGAUUUAGAGAAAGAAGUAAUAGCUGGUUUCGUAGGGCUAAACCUCUCGAAGACUCGCAAGUCGAAGACGUGGAGGAAAUUUACAAGGACAUAGCUGAUGAUAUAGACUCUUCUGUUUAUUCUACAAUUCAGGUGCCCGAUCAAGGAGACAAUCAAGAUCAAACUGUAGACUGGAAACCAAGCCACCUCAGAAAUUUUGCUGAUAUGUGGGCAGCUAAACCAAUACACUACCAGAACAAAUACCUUGAGUUUGGAAAAGAUGAUACUUAUUUAGUAAAGGAAACUGAGGAACUGUCUGCUAACGAACGGUUCAGAUAUCAUUUUAAAUUUAACAAGGAAAAAUCAUUGAUCAGCACUUAUUACACAUACUUGAAUAGAAAUGUCCCCGUUUAUGGUAAGAUUUAUGUAUCCAGUGAUACUGUAUGUUUCAGAUCCUUGUUACCAGGCUCUAGUACGCACAUGGUUUUACCAUUGUCCGACGUGGAGACAUGCUAUAAAGAAAAAGGUUUCCGAUUUGGGUAUUUCGUAUUGGUAGUAGUAAUCCAUGGUCAUGAGGAAUUAUUCUUUGAAUUCAGCACGGAAGUCGCCAGAGAUGAUAUUGAACGCAUACUUUUGAAGCUUUUGGAUGCUGUAUAUGCGGGUAGUGGAGAGGGAUCGAAUGCAUCAACUACUUCUAUCGGUGAUGUGCAACAUAACACUGAUUCGGCAAAGCUGAAAUUAUUUGAAGACAAAAUCAAUGCAGAGGGGUUUGAGGUACCAUUAAUGAUUGAUGAAAAUCCGUACUACAAGACAAGUAUAACACCGAACAAAAGUUAUAAGUUUGGGUUAUUGACCAUUGGUUCAAGAGGUGACGUCCAGCCGUAUAUAGCUCUCGCAAAGGGUUUAAUUAAAGAAGGACACCAAGUGGUAAUCAUUUCUCAUUCUGAAUUUCGAGGCUUUGUUGAAAGCCAUGAACUGCAAUUUGAAGAGAUUGCCGGCAAUCCAGUAGAAUUAAUGUCCUUAAUGGUUGAAAAUGAAUCUAUGAACGUUAAAAUGCUGAGAGAAGCAUCGAGCAAAUUUAGGGGAUGGAUCGAUAGUCUUUUACAGACAUCUUGGGAGGUUUGUAAUAGAAGGAAAUUUGAUAUUUUGAUCGAGUCGCCAUCAGCUAUGGUUGGUAUCCACAUUACUGAAGCCUUACAAAUUCCUUACUUCCGGGCAUUCACCAUGCCAUGGACAAGGACAAGAGCAUAUCCACAUGCGUUUAUUGUACCGGAUCAAAAAAGAGGCGGUAAUUACAAUUAUUUAACACAUGUUCUGUUUGAAAAUGUUUUUUGGAAGGGAAUUAGUGGACAGGUAAAUAAAUGGAGAGUAGAAACUCUCGGGUUGGGGAAGACAAAUCUUUUUCUUUUACAACAGAAUAAUGUUCCUUUCUUGUAUAACGUAUCUCCAACCAUCUUUCCACCAUCUAUUGAUUUUAGUGAGUGGGUGAGAGUUACGGGAUAUUGGUUUCUUGAUGAUAAGAAUACGUUUAAACCACAACCAGAAUUAGAAAAUUUUAUUUCAGAAGCAAGGUCAGAAGGAAAAAAACUAGUUUACAUCGGGUUUGGCUCGAUUGUUGUAUCUAAUGCCAAGGAAAUGACACAAGCUCUUGUCGACGCAGUUGUAGAGGCCGAUGUUUACUGUAUUCUAAAUAAAGGAUGGUCAGAAAGAUUGGAUGACGUUGCGGCAAAAAAAAUAGAGGUAGGUCUUCCAAAAAAUAUCCUAAAUGUAGAAAGCAUACCUCAUGAUUGGUUAUUCCCACAGGUUGACGCUGCAGUUCAUCAUGGUGGCUCGGGCACCACAGGCGCUUCAUUGCGUGCUGGUUUACCCACUAUAAUAAAACCGUUUUUUGGUGAUCAGUUUUUUUAUGCUGGCAGGAUAGAAGAUAUAGGGGUUGGUAUUGCUUUAAAGAAGCUAAACAGUCAAUCGUUAGCAGAGGCUCUAAAGGUUGUUACGACUAACAAAACAAUGAAAGAUAGAGCGGAGUUAAUAAAGAAGAAAAUCUCCAAAGAAGACGGUAUUAAGACUGCAAUAAGCGCAAUUUAUAACGAACUUGAAUAUGCGAGAAGCGUUACCUUAUCAAAAGUAAAGAACCCUCGCAAAGAUGAAAAUAUAGUGGAUCCAACCAAACUGCCCUCAGCUGAAACAACGGAUGAAGCCUGGACAAUGAUUUAA